GCGAGAAGCAAAAUUGAAAAGAAUGGCGGGAACCCGGGAAGGCGGUGGGUUGCGCGAGCGGUGGACGGCGCAGGGAAGGGGUGUGACGUUCAUGUCCCCACAAACGAUGAAGGAGAGGUUGAAGCGAAGGUGCAUGGAGCACGUCAAGAAGAACCGCAAACGAAUCCUGGAGAACCUCCGCCACCAAGCCACUGAUGUCCCGUCAGAAGUGAUGGACGUGUCCGAGUCCAUCUGCCUCGAAGACUUGAUGCUGCGCGGCGACCUCACACAUGACGACUACCUGGAAGUGUUGACGAGCUUGGAAAGCGCAUUACACGAGGAGAUGCGCCUCGAAGAGCUGGAGUUGGCGGAAGAAUUGCUCGAGGCCGAAGAAGCUUGGAUCGCCGACUUCCAAGCGUUGGAUUUGCAUCAAGGGUACCAUGCUUCCGAGUUCAUCCUCUGUCCGCUGUGCAAGAAGCAUGGACUCGACGUAAAGACCGACUUGAACCACGGGAUGACGACCACUGCCGAAUGCGUCUGCGGCCUUUAUCUCCCGCUGUUGCGGUCACAUGGCGGGGAUCCAUUGACGCGCUUUACAGACGCCAUGUCUAAUGCUUUUGAAGCCCAUUCGUGCAUGUGUGACGAAGUGCCAAACUUUCACCUAAGUCACGACCACAGUCCAAGCGCCGUCAACUCUCAGCACGAUGACGUUCGCGCAACCCACUUGUACCUCGAUUGCAACUGCUGUGGCAGUUUGAUCCAGGUUAUUUAACCACAUACCAAUUCAAUCGAGAUCACGUCAUCACGGGUUUAUGUACAUCGUCGCACACCCAUGUGAUCUCCCCGCAA